AUGCUCUCCUCGAGGCCGACAGCCGCAACCGGUCGUCUAGGUUCCUUGAUCGCAUCAACGCUGGUUUCUUCAUGCCCCGAGGCCUUGCAUGCUUUUUGCGCCACCUGGAGGUCCGACGCAGAGAGCCAGGAGAAGCUGGUCACAGCUGUUGACUUUGAAGGCCAGACGUUCGAGGCGCCUACGGAGACAGACUUCAUACAACAAGCGAGGAAGGCGAUGCUGCAGAAGUCCUCGAGAGACGAUAUGGUGAACAAACUCCAGCAGCAAAUCCAGGACCGCAUGAAACCUUGCCGGGGGGCAUUCAAUUGGCCCGACCCCGCACCACUGAUAUUUCCCUCGGCCGACGAAACAAAAGCUGUCAUGUGCACUAAGCCUGACGGAAAGCCGAAGGGCGGAUUCGAUCGUGGAGAGAUUUGGGCCGACAACUUCUCUGAUAGGCGCGCGCAGGCCAAGUGGAUGCAAAAGAAUCCCGACUUCAAUGUUGCUGCAUCAAUGCCGAAACCAGAGUUCAAAUCUCGAUAUGCAGACCCAAAUCACCCAGCUUCGAGUGGGGACAUCGUUGCGUUUGUAACCGCCGGCAAAUGGUCUACCAGAGGACAGGUAACGGCUGCAGGACCUGUCCUCAUUCCAGCGAGUCAGGAUUCCGAUGGGGAACAGCAAAAGUCUGGAUCUGGAGAUGAACGGGAGACGAAAAUGGCAGCCAUAAUUGAGCAUGAAGAAGAGACCGAGAAAGACCGAAACAAAAGGCUCGAAAAAGAGGAGAAGGAGAGGAAGAAACAGCUGAAGAAGGAGUUGGAGCUGGAGAAAAAAAGGGCGAAGGAUAGCGGCAGUAAAUAUUCCGGCAAUGGAUUCAAAAGUCUUCUUCAAAAGUCGUUCUUCCUCGAUCUUUUUGUAUCGCUUUUAUGGUCUCAGAAUGGCAUCUCGUCCGACGGUAUUCACUGA